UGAAUUACCUUCAAAGUGUACGCUUUAACUGUCCUUCAGGAUUGUUUCUCCGAAAGUGUAACCUCCAAGACUCUGAUAUCCCUGUCUGGAAUAAAAACUUUAACUUCUCUUCAUCUUCGUUCUUCUCAUUUCUCUUGGAUCAAACUAACUCUACGUCUUCACUCUGCCAGGCAGCAAGGGUUUCAUCCCAACACUUCCCUCAUCAACAUGUCCAUGAACUUCUUUUCCAGCCAAACCGAGCACUCAGACAGAUUUCUGGAGUUCUUUAACGGAGUUCCUGAAGUGGAUUUUGUUACAGAUGUUCUUAAAACCAUCCCAAUUCUGUUCCCUGCCCUGAGAACGGUUGAGUUUGAUGGUAUUCACAAUGAUUUGCUUUACCUGGACGGACCAGAUAUCCCAGGUCCUGUGUAUGGUUUGGUUAACCUUCUCCGGAUACGAAAAUGUUCCAGGAUCCUAGAUCUCUCCGAGCUCAUGCCAAACAUCAGAGAACUCUGUAUAAAUUACGUUCCACUGUCUAAAUGUAAAAAUCCUAGAUUUGAGAAUCUGGUAAAAUUACGAAUAUGCCGGGAUAAUUACAGGGACAGGAUGGAUUAUCAAGAUUUAAAAGACCUUCUCCAGGCUUGUGUUCAGCUCAGAGAACUACAUCUGGACAAAAUUUCGUUGUUUGUCCGUCGGAACGGAGUUGAAGAUAAGAUUACGGACCCUGAUAUUCUCCAGCUACUCCAUGACCUUCCGCACCUGACUAACCUGACAAAACUCAACCUGGAUUUCUCCAGAACUAGUUCUCUCUCCGAGAAAUCAGUAUUCUCUCUCCUAGAGAACUGUCCUGGUUUGCGGAGACUUGAAAACCUGAUCACGUGGAAUAUAUCUGCGGAGAGUUUAAACCCUGACUAUCUGCUGAGUAGGUUCAGGAUGGGAGUUGUUUACGGUACCAGAGCCCAUUGGAGUUUACACUGGAAAGACGAUGAGGGAACCUUCUACGAUUCAGCAGUUCCUAUGGAUCGGUUUUGAUGUACAGUGAUAACCAGAAAACUCAGGAAUAGGAAGUGGACUUUAGUUAUAACAAAAGAUUCUAAGCAUUCCUGGCGGUCAAACAUAAACAAGGCAUUUAAAUCUCGUAUUACUCGUUCAACUGAACGUUUUAUUUCAUAAUUGUGAUAGAAAAGACUGUGAUGUUUAAAGUAUUGAGAGAAAAAAUUUUUGUUUUUAUUUUAUUUUUCAGAAUUAUAAAUAUUUCAGAAUUUGCAAUGUCUGACGAUGAAAACGAUCCGAAGGAGGUUUUGCUAAAGCAGCAGAGGAAGGAGAAGAAGGACCUUCAAGCCGAGAUACAGGCUCUAAAGAAAACUGCGACAAAAGGAGAUAAGAAGAAGAAGAAGGAGGUAGCAGAUACAGUGAUUAAACUAGAAUCAGAGCUACACCAGAAACAUAAACAGGAGUUAGAAGCUUUAGAAAAGGGCGACUCUGCGACUACUCAGGACAGUUCAAGGGUUCCCAGUAUUGAUGCACCGGAGGUUAAAGACGGCGAGGAGGAGGAGGAGGCUGCUCUGGGUCCUCUAGGAAACAGGCAGGAGAAAACAUCAAAGAUUUCAAAAGCUCAAAAAAGAAGAGACGCCAAAAACACAAAAGAGAAAGAAAGACAAAAAGAAAUAGAUAAACAAGAAGAGAUAAAUAAACUGGGACCUCGAGUUAAAGAACAAGAAGCAAUCAAAGAAAAAUUAAAUAAUAAGAAACUAAAACUUAAAGAGAUCUCCUCCGACGGAGACUGUAUGUUUGCCAGUAUACUUCACCAACUCCAGCUCCUGGAUAUUCAAUCCUCCGUCCAGGAUCUUAGGGCGGAGACAGCAAACCAGCUCCUGGAGAACCAGGAGGAGUAUAUUCCUUUCCUUUCAAACCCAGAAACUGGAGAUAUGUUGACUAGUACAGAAUAUACCGAGUACUGUGAUACAAUGCGAAGUACACACGCCUGGGGAGGACAAUUAGAGCUUAGAGCUUUAUCUAGGGUUCUUAAGAAACCAAUCCAGGUUAUUCAAGGAGAAGGUCCUGAUAUCCUAGUCGGAGAAGAGUAUAGAGAUCAAACUCUAACCCUGACAUACCACCGCCAUCUUCACGGACUCGGAGAACAUUACAAUUCUGUUAUUCAAUCUUGAAAUCUGAAACCUAGUUAAGAAUGGUUAAACCUGUUUAUUAAUCUUAAACCUUGUGAUCAGUUCCUGAACUCUAAUCUUCAACCUUACGAUCAAAUUCUGAACGUGAAUCUUUAACCUUAUGAUCGAUUCCUAAACUUUAUUCCUCAACCCUGCGAUCAAUUCCUAAAUUUAAUCUGCAACCUUACGAUCUCAUUGAAACUUGAAAUUCAACCUUAUGAUCAAUUCCUAAUCCUAAAUCUUGUAACUUUUCAAAAUUCAUUCUGAGACAGAAAUUUUAACCCUUGUGCAGAUCUUUUAUCUGAGUGUUUCACAAUGCAUUCAAAUCCUAUACUAAUACGAGUAAAACUGAAUCCUAUACUAAUACGAGUAAAACUGAAUCCUAUACUAAUGCGAGUAAAACUGAAUCCUAUACUAAUGCGAGUAAAACUGAAUCCUAUACUAAUGCGAGUAAAACUGAAUCCUAUACUAAUGCGAGUAAAACUGAAUCCUAUACUAAUGCGAGUAAAACUGAAUCCUAUACUAAUACGAGUAAAACUGAAUCCUAUAAAUGAAUUCAGCUUAAUCCUGUCAUUAAAAGUUUUCGCAUUAAAUCUUACGUUGAACCUUCUGAUUAAAUGUUAAGUCAGAAAUCCAAUCUUGAACUUUGUUUCAGAAA